CUGUCAAAAUAGUAUUGUGUUGCUUACUCCCAUGGCCCAUAGUAGAUCCACUCAGCGUGUCGAGCAGCGGCGAACUGCCCCACUUCAUGAAUGUUCUUCAACGAGUAAUCAACGGUUCUGACCUCGGAACUGGGCCGGCGAAGAAGUGCCACUUAUCUCCAGCCGUUUAGCGAACUGUGUGUUUCUUCGUGCGCAGAAACCUCCGCUACGUAGACAUGUUUCCCUACCAGAGUUCUGGGUCUGCCCACGCAGCCCAAUUUCAAGACUAUUGUGCUUGACGAAAACAUUGUAGGACUCGCAGUGAGAGAUGAAGCAGGGCUUCCACCGGCACUGGCAUAGUCCAGACGUGGGUAUCCGUGAUGGUGGACAAGAGGCUACUACUUCGGGAGACUGUGGCAUGCGGUUGUGGCAAGAUGAGCGAUAGUGUGCUGUGCAUUACGCACGGGAGAGGGAAGUGCAUCGACCACGCUACCUGCUUUCACGCAGUCGACGUGUUUGAGCCUGGAACGACUCCGAUGUGUCCCGUCUUGAACAAGGAGGCGAGGAUCCCCAAUGGAGGACUGUCCUUCUGGAAGAGAUGGACUCAGGACCCUUCAAACCUUGUCCUGCGCCGAGAACCAACUCCAUCAGGCUCAGCGUGUGUGGGCACUGGCGGUGCAGCCAUCAGUUUACUUUGCAUGUCACCGGAGGAAUACGUCUCGGCCAAGUACUGCAACCUGAACAACGCUGAUAAGCUGGUGACACUUACCGAUUUGACUGAUCUCGGAAACAAGAUGGCGGAGUACUUGACUGUUGCGGAACGAAGGAAACUGGCCAAGCAGCUGGUAAUGGCAGCCGGUGAGUUUGUCCACAACUUUGAGAGCAUCAUGACCACUUACAUCAAGGAGAACCGACACGGCCUAGCGGAUACCGACAAUGUGGCCGGUCAGCUCUUCUACAUCGUCCACAAGAAGGAGAUCAGCUGCAAGGAGCUUCUGUGCAUCUUGGCAGCGUUCACUCAGGAGGAAGUCGUCGCGAGAGUAGCACAGAUUAUUGAGCGUGCACAGUUCAUUGACGGUUGAGCUCACGAUCCGGUCGUUCCUAGCCGGCAAGGCGUCCGACAAAACCUGAUGUUCCGCGAAAGUUUGCCGUGUGUGGCCGUGGUGGCCAAUGCCUAUCUGUGCUUGCUCAAAGUAGUGUGCAGGCUGCACUUGGGACAUCGACAAUAGUCACACGGAAUCAUGCCCUGCAUCAGGUUUGUCAUUCAUUUCUUUGUUCUGCAUGUUCUGAUUUGGUUGAUAAUGGAUGCCAAGUGAAUUGAAUGAUCGUUUUUCUAGGUAUUUUUCAUCUUUUUUUGCACCGUCUCCCGCCGCUUUUUGAAAUUAAAAAUUAUCCUCUUGAAAAUUCUUUGCAUAAACUACAAAUAAUUAUUAUGCAGCGUAGCACUUUUAAUUUCCUUCAUACAACUUUAGUGGGUUUCCCACACCAGUUUUGCAUAUUUGUUUGAUUUAUCAUUUCCCCAAGUUUUCCUUUAGAUUUAGCAGUGCUUUAGAAGUAGCAAUGUAUCACAAAUACCGUUACGUUGACACACACACACACACGCGCGCGCGCGCGGAUGUGCACACAUGCGCUGACACACACAUGCAUACAUGUACAUGCAAAUACUUCCGGCAAGACGCACAGACUGUCUGUGCAUGCAUAUCAAGGACAGGUUUUGAUCAAACCGCUGUCCAUGCACAGCUUCGCCAGUGUCGCUGCGUCUCCCACAAGCAAUGUGAAUAUUCUUGAACUGGAGUCCGGCCUUGUUCCACUCUUGAUAUUUUUCCUUUAUUUGGAGUGUCCCCCCCCCCCCCCCUACUUCCUCACUCAGAAGUUGCAAUUCGACUUCUGCUUCCUGCGCUCGUAUUUUGCCGUUUUUUCAAGUUUUUCGCCUGCUCUGGCAUUUUGCAGUAUUUUAAUUAUGUGCAAUCAUUAUAGCAUUCAUUGUAUUCAAGCCGGACCCGGCACUGCACAACCACAGCAGUCGGUCGGUCUGACUCGAUUUUCAAAAGACUUCGGGUAUAACAACACUUCACAAAUAAGGACACUUUUCUGAUGCCCCGCCGAGUGUGGUUAUACGCAAAGUUGACUGUUGUUGCACACCGCACAGGCUAACUGCUUUUGAGGUUAUGCGAAUGAUGUUGUAGCAUGGCUACUUUAUGACACGUUAUUUGUAUACACAUAAAUAGUACACCGUAGGAAUGCAUGGAUAGCAGUGCGCAUACUCGCACUGCCUUGUCUUCUUUUUCUCCUUGUGAGACAAUGAACGAAUGAUAA